AUGUUAUUAUCAUCAUCAUCAUCAUCAUCAUCAUCAUCAUCAUCAUCAUCAUCAUCAUCAUCAUCAUCAUCAUCAUCAUCAUCAUCAUCAUCAUCAUCAUCAUCAUCAUCAUCAUCAUCAUCAUCAUCAUCAUCAUCAUCAUCAUCAUCAUCAUCAUCAUCAUCAUCAUCAUCAUCAUCAUCAUCAUCAUCAUCAUCAUCAUCAUCAUCAUCAUCAUCAUCAUCAUCAUCAUCAUCAUCAUCAUCAUCAUCAUCAUCAUCAUCAUCAUCAUCAUCAUCAUCAUCAUCAUCAUCAUCAUCAUCAUCAUCAUCAUCAUCAUCAUCAUCAUCAUCAUCAUCAUCAUCAUCAUCAUCAUCAUCAUCAUCCUAA